AACUUUUUCACAAAACAACUUCGUCUUUGUUAUUGUUACCACAGCAAGUAAUCUCCAAUCAAUCUCUCUUGCAGCCCUAACUUGAAUUAGCUCAUGAAGAAAAUCUCCAAAUUCAGCUCUCAGAAAUCCUAACUAUUUUCCAAAUUUUUAAAAAAAUUAUGGAGCCACCGCUGCCGUCAACGAGUUAUACACUCUCUCCGCCGCCGUCUUCCUAUUCCGACGCCGAUUUUACUGACGCGUGGUACGGCAACAUUCAGUACCUUCUAAACAUCUCGGCCAUCGGUCUUUUCUUCUGCGUUUUUAUUUUCAUCUUCGUGAAGCUUCGCAGCGACCACCGACGGAUCCCCGGGCCAGCCGGUCUUGUGACGAAACUCCUUGCCGUGUGGCACGCCACGUGUCGUGAGAUUGCCCGACAUUGUGGAGCCGACGCCGCCCAAUUCCUCCUCAUUGAAGGCGGUAGCUUUGUGGCUCUUUUGUCGAUCGCUGUUUUAUCAAUUCUUGUAUUGCUUCCGUUGAAUCUAUACGGUGGACACGCUGCGCUGCAUGAUCAGUUCUCCAAAACGACGAUAACUCAUAUCGAAAAAGGUUCAGUUUUGCUUUGGAUACAUUUUUUAUUUGUCGUUGUCGUUGUUGGUUUAGUGCAUUUAGGAAUGUAUGCAAUUGAAGAACGAUUAAAAGUGACUAGGUUUAGAGAUGGGAAUGGGAAUUUGAGUGACCCAAAAGUGAAUUCAACAGCUAUAUUUACAAUUAUGGUUCAGGGUUUACCUAAGAGUUUAGGUGACGAUAGAAUUGUUUUACAAGAGUAUUUUCAGCAUAGGUAUCCUGGUAAGGUUUAUAAGGUUAUUGUGCCAAUGGAUUUAUGUGCAUUGGAUGAUUUAGCUACAAAGUUGAUUCGGGUUAGAGAUGAAAUUACUUGGUUGGUUGCUCGUAUUGACUCUAGACUUCUACCAGAUCUUGAUGAUGAUGAUGAAGAAAAUGUAGAUGAGGGAUUGUUGGGUUGGUUAGUUUAUGGUUGGAAGAAAGUGAAAUAUUUUUGGGGGAAGGUUAUGGAUAGGUUGGGUUAUACGGAUGAAGAGAGAUUAAGAAAAUUGCAAGAAUUGAGAGCAGAGUUGGAGGCGGAACUAGCAGCUUAUAAAGAGGGUCGUGCACUAGGAGCAGGUGUUGCAUUUGUGAUGUUUAAGGAUGUAUACACCACGAAUAAGGCUGUUCAGGAUUUUAGGAACCAGAAGAAAAGAAGAAUUGGGAAGUUCUUUUCAAUUGUGGAGUUGAGGCUACAGAGGAACCAAUGGAAAGUUGAACGAGCUCCAUUGGCAACAGACAUUUAUUGGAAUCAUUUGGGAUCAACAAAGAUGUCGCUGAGACUGCGGAGGGUGCUUGUGAACUCAUGCUUGCUGUUAUUGCUUCUGUUUUUUAGUUCUCCUCUCGCUGUUAUUAGUGCUGUGAAGAGUGCUGGGCAGAUAAUUAAUGCAGAAGCAAUGGAUAAUGCCCAAAUGUGGUUGGCAUGGGUUCAGAGUUCUAGCUGGCUUGCAUCGCUGAUCUUUCAGUUCUUACCAAAUGUUAUUAUAUUUGUGAGUAUGUAUAUAGUCAUUCCUUCUGCUCUUUCUUAUCUCUCUAAGUUUGAACGACAUUUAACUGUGUCUGGAGAGCAAAGAGCUGCACUGCUGAAGAUGGUUUGCUUUUUUCUUGUAAACCUCAUCCUAUUGAGAGGUCUGGUUGAGUCAUCCUUAGAAAGUGCUAUCCUUAAGAUGGGCAGUUGUUAUUUGGAUGGAGAAGAUUGCAAGAAGAUUGAGGAGUAUAUGAGCGCAUCAUUUUUGUCAAAAUCAUGUCUUUCCUCGCUUGCAUUUCUAAUCACAAGCACUUUCUUGGGAAUAUCUUAUGAUUUACUGGCUCCAAUCCCUUGGAUAAAGAAAAAGAUUCAAAAGUUUCAGAAGAAUGACAUGCUUCAGCUGGUCCCUGAACAGAGUGAAGAAUACCCAUUAGAAAAUCAGGACAGUGGCAGUCUUCAGAGACCUCUGAUUAAUCAAAGUACGCUAGACUCUCCCAUGAUGAACGGAAUUGAACCUCCUGGACAAGUUCUUUCUGAGUAUCCUCCUAUUAGCAGAACCUCACCAAUACCCAAACAGACAUUUGAUUUUGCGCAAUAUUAUGCAUUUAACUUGACAAUAUUUGCUCUGACCAUGAUAUAUUCCUCAUUCGCUCCACUUGUGGUCCCAGUUGGUGCAGCCUAUUUUGGGUAUAGGUAUGUGGUUGAUAAGUACAACUUUCUGUUUGUAUAUAGAGUCCAGGGUUUUCCGGCUGGCAAUGAUGGAAGGUUGAUGGACACUGUGUUGUGUAUCAUGCGGUUCUGUGUGGAUUUAUUUCUCCUUUCAAUGCUCUUGUUCUUUUCAGUGCAAGGAGACUCCACAAAGCUGCAAGCCAUAUUUACUCUAGGAUUGUUGGUGUUGUACAAACUAUUGCCUUCUGAUAAUGAUAGUUUUCGGCCAACUCUUUUAGAAGGCAUUCAAUCUGUUGAUAGCAUAGUAGAAGGGUCAAUCGAUUAUGAGGUUUUCUCGCAGCCUAAAUUCGAUUGGGAUACAUAUCAUUUGUAAUUUUGUGACACUGACUUGGUUUACGAAUUAGUUUGACUUGUAUGGGUAAUAUGAACAAAAAUCUCUUUCUAAUGGUAUUGUGUAAUUCUGCA